CUUUCCGCGGUAAACGUCGGGGCUGGUGGUACAACGCCACCGCCACAGAGCCUUCGUCUUUUAACUUCUGCGCAUUCCGCUCGAGGAUUUUUACUGUUUCUGACUGGUCUACUUCCCCAUAGAAAUUCUUUAUGUCCGAAGACAAAACUGCUUUGCUGUUCUCGUCGGUCAGGCCCUUCGUGUGGAUUUCUUCCACGAUGUCACUAGCGUCGUUGUAGAUGAGGUCCGAGUAGAGAUGUUUGUUGACAACGUUCAACGCCUUCGCCACUCGUCUCAGCUCCGGCCGGUAAACAUGUUUAUGAUACCCCGACAAUGGCCUAAUUUUGAAGUUCGCAAUUGUUCGGUCCUUUUGCUUCCAUGCUUUCUGUUUGAUCAUUAAUCUGCAGCGAGGAAACUGGUGCUUUGUUCUCUUCGUGUAUCGGAAAAAACCCGUCUUCUUGCCGUGCUCCUUGAUGCAAUCAUGCCCCUUCAGAGGCUGGAAGGCAUCAGAAUUCAUGUGCUCCUUGAUUCUUUCCCCAUAAGCAUGAGGGCAGAUCAAGGCCAAAUCUGCUUCGUCCGGCUUGUCAAUUUCGGUACAAACUACUUCUGCAUAUGGCCGCAAACUUGUUCUCACUUCAUCCAACUGCUGCUGCUCCUCUUUUUCUCGGAUGGCCGGCACUGCUCUGCUUGCUAUUGUUGUAAAAAUGUCUCCCAGUUUUUCUGCGCCAAUCGGUCCCACUUUCUUCACUAAGUCCUUCACAUUCUUCUGCCUGUCCACUGUAGUGUUUGGCGUUAUUCGGUUCUUGAUGUUCACUACUGGUCGCUGAAGUCUGGCUAAUGUGCGGCUUACCGUGGUGAAAAGAUGUCCCUCUACUAGGUCCUCCGGCCCCAGGCCUGUUGUGAGGCUCUUGCAGUUGCACAGGAAUUUGCUUCGGUCAUCAAACUUGCGCACAUUCUCCAACACGUCAAGGAGUCGCCUCCCCGCGUACUUUCGAACUUCUAGCAAGACUCUGCACUUGUUCUCAUCCGCAAUUUGUUUGACUGCUACUCGUAGCGCGGUUUUUUCUUCUUCCAGGAGCGACCCGCGCGGGAUGUUCAGCUUAGCCCGGAUGGGCUUCUUCUUCUUCUUUUGCUCCGCUUCUGUUUCUCCCCGCCUACUGGUCUUGUCUGCUGCUGUUUUGCGCACGUCUUCCGCUACUGCGACGGCGCUGCCUAUUCCUAAUUUCUUCCACAUCUUCUUCCAUUUUUCAAAUUUUUCAAAACUGCACAAAAGUGAAUAGACAAUAAAUGCUACAACGAAGAACAAAUGGCCAAUAUUGACUAUAGAACCAUACAUCAUAAUUUCUUGAUUGCAAGGUAUCAGUUGAGAACAGCAAACUAAAGUAAGGAAAAAUAGAGACCAAUUUAUAAUUACUAGUCCGAUCUCACGACGAGUUGUAUAUGUGAAAACAAAAACUAUGCCUACGUGCGUGUUUUUGACUAUAGAAUAGAACCGACAUCACUGAGUAAGAUGAGUAAAUUUGGCUUUCUACUACUUCGCGCAUUCGAAAUUCUUUGAUGGUAGUCUAGCCAGUUUUUUUUAUACUCAAACACAAAUAAGAUCUAUUUCAAUACGAAAAAGAACGAAAUCUCUAAGCAGGAGCUUGAGCUUUGCCUCUCUAAACCGAAAAUAAAACUCAAGAUGGUAUACGAAAAUUUUAACGCUCCGCCUAAGCAGAUGCACCCCACUCCUGUGCAUCCCGGAUCACCGGCGCAGCCCCAGCAGCCACUUUUUCAUCCGGGCUAUGGAAAUCAUGUUGGGCCCUACGGGCCGCCGCCACCGCAACAGCACUACCCAGGGGCAGUUGCGCAACAGCGCCCAGCGUAUCAACCGCAGCCGCCGCACCAUCCCGUCGGGACAAACACGCAGUAUGCAGGCCGGAGCAUGAUGGAUAUCAGUUUUCAACAGCAGUAUUUUGGGCAUCAACCUUCUGUAGUAGUUCACUCCGGUUACGGUCCCAUAAAAAGCAACUAUUCGUCAACAUCGCUGCAACACCCAGUUGGAACCAACACGCAACCUCCGGGUCAGAGUAUGAUGGUCCCUGCCCCGGGAGGUGGUGCAGUACCAGUAGGAGUGCCUGCGCCACCACAGCCUGGAAUAUAUCAACAUCAUGGCGGGUACUUCUUUCAACAUCAUCACAGUCUUGCCUGGCAACAUUCAUCAGAAGUCCCACAAAAUUAUUGCCCAGGCGGGCCGACGACCCCGACGUCAACGUCGCAACCAGGAACGAUACCGAUUCAGGAAACGAUACUGACCCCACGAGGUGCACAAACAACAUCAGGGGGACAAAAAUCUACUGCACAACAAGGGGGCACAGGAACUACAGGAGCUACAGUCGGUGUCGGUCCACCAACAGUGCCUAGUAGAAGUGCUGGUGAAGGCGCAGCAGCAGGACCAGCAGCACCCCCUCCGUCAAGUUCUUCGGCCAACAACCCCUUCGCGUUACCAAGCCGGUUCCCGCUGGUGCCACCGCCGGGUGAACUUGUAGAUCAGGCAACAACUUCCAAGAAGAAACAUGCUGCGAAGAGCAAGAUCACCACUCCUGGACAUGAUCAACUAUCGGGCAGUGGUAGGCGUAAGAGUACAAAAAAGGGUGGCGAGGACUCAACCUGUCAGACCCGGAUUCGAACCUCCUCGACCUCCUCAUCCGAUUCUAGUAGCUCCUCAUCAAGUUCCUCUUCCUCAUCUUCCAGCUCUUCCAGCUCUUCAUCGUCCAAGCAGAAAAAAACGGAAGAUGUUGUUCCGGAAGCUGCCGUUCAGCGGUCUAAUUUUCCGUCUCUCGCAGCAGCGAACCCGUUUUUAACGACUGAUCCUGAUCAAGAAGAGGAGAAGGAGCAGAGUGCCGAGAAGGACGCCGAAGGAAUGAACGAGGAAAAGAUCAUCGACGCGCGUUCCUCGUCCACGUCAGCGGCCUCGGCUUCAGGAGCAGACGAUGAUACGACCAGUAAGAAUUAUUGCAGAAGUGUGGGCAGCACGAAGUCGAAGAGUGCAGGAGCUCCUGGUGCUGGUGCAGAAAUAACGAAUCAAGAAUCCGGUAAUUUUUACCAGAAAUUUUCUCUCACGACGACGUUAAUGCCAACAAAUGUUGACGAAGGUGGUGUUCUGCAAAUGCCAUUGCCAGCUUUGAAUCUUAUCCCGCCGGAGCAGGGACACCAGCCGCAGGCACAGCAGACACAACAACAGCCCGCAUUUAGUUUACAACCUCCGUUAAUACCGGGGGGAAAGGGGAGUUUCGGGUUUCAUUUUUACCAGCAACAGCAGAAACGGCUACAAGAGCAGCAGAACUCCAACAAGAAUUUUCCGCUGCCCCAGCCGCCCGUCAUAAUUGGUCCACCACAGGAGACACACAAUGCUCAUCACUCUGCCACGAUGCAGCAGCACAAUAUGCAGCAGCACGCCUUCUACUGGCCAGCAGCAGCACCAUUCGUGGCCGCGGUGAGUCGCGGGGGCACGCAUCGCUGGAAGCAACAAACCGGGACGACGCAUCGGGUGUUUGCUGAUACGUCUGCGUUUGCGAAAGUAACACCGUAUCAGCCCAGCAUCCAGCACAAUUUGCCCGCUGUGACGUUUGAGGACCUGCAAAAUAAUGAAGCUGCACAACCCAGUAAUAUCGCAAGAAAAAACUGUUUCACUGUGAACUUGUGAUGCAGAAACUGGAACACAGAACUCUCUGUCUUGCUACACCUGCAAGGCAUUGGAUUUUCAAGCGUGUUUUCCCUUGGGAAGCGCGCAUGACAAAUUUUCAGUGUCAUGUGUAAGCAAACUUGUGAUGCAGAUCCUGCAAAGUCAUCACAGUGAAGCAGUUUUUUCGUGGGAUAAAUAAAGUCGAACGCGUUCCGCGUCAGAGGGUUGAACUCGUGCCACGAAGUGAAGUAUCCUGUGCAAAAGUAUCGUACUCGUAUUGCAAUCAUGCAUUACAAAUUUUUUUCUCAAGGUAAAACAGCAUUACAAAUUUUAUUUCUCAUGCUGAGGGAAUUUGUCAUGCAUUUAUACGAAUACGAUACAAUACUUUUGCAGUUCAUAUGAAGUUGUGGUCAACAACAACCCCAAUCCACCAAUCCAACCACCGCCCAUGCUAGCUUGUCCGGGCGCCGUCAUUCAGCCACCUCCAUUUGUCGCAAUAUCACGAAAUAAUGCGCUACCUGAUCCGUUACUCCAACCACCGGGUCUAAAUAAGAUGAAUUCUGUGUCGACAUUUUUGAAAAAGAAUAAAAAAAAAAAGCUUGCGCUUGAUGGAACUCACGUAGGUGCACACGUCGUUUUUGUGUCGUCGGAAGACGAUCAGCAGGAACAGAAUCCAACUUUGAUGCAUCCGAGUACCGCUUCAACAACAAAUCCCUCAACCGCUACUUCGUCCAACAAGCGAAAGCGGUGGGGGGAGAUGAAAGUCGUGGACAUUCUUUCGGACAACGACGGCCAGGAUGAAGCAGACCGACGUCCUGGUCAUGGUGAAGAUGCUGACCACCUAUUACAAAAAGAUCUCGCUCCUGCUGCAUCAACUGCUGUAGCUACUAGUACCAAGAACGGCGGCUCCACCUCAUCGCACCAAGCGUCGACCGCCGCAAUAAACGCGAAAAAGAACAAAACCGGUAUCAGGAUUGACCGCCUAUUGAUCGAGUGCACGGCCUCGGACCCGGAGAAUCCGCGAUUUCUGGAAUUUCCGGAGUUUCGGGAAAUCGAAAUUUCGUUCGACAGGGAAGAGAACACUACAACUGCGGCGGUACUAGUACAACUUACACCGCCAAAUAAAAGCGGCGGUACUAGUACAACUUACACCCCGUUGCAGCUCUUGAUUAUCAAAAGAAAAAAGUUCGUCACGAUCACUCAUGGGCACUUUUGCAAGACAAAAUUGUCCGUCAUGCGUAAAAAUGCAUCACAGCCACACUUCAUAAGGGAUUUUUCUAGUGUUUGUGCAAUGCAAGGAGAAGUUGUGAUGCAAAAAAAAUUUGUAAUGCCAACCCUGCAACUUAGUGACUGUGACAAACUUUUUUCUCUCCAUAUUGAUUCUCCAGAGUUUAGAAAAAAAUAUCUUCGCCGGCUAUCCCACGAGGAGUCAAGCGCGGAAGAUGGGGAUCCACCUGCAGAAAUUGAAAAAAAAGCAGAAGAUAUCAAUUACAACUUCUGGAGGAUCAUGUGGAGAACAAGCUGCACAAGAGAUUCUACCCGCAAGCUGCAACGAUAACGAAGUAGAGCAACAACGUUUACAAG